AUGACAUCGACAUCAACUGCUACAAAUUAUAACUCAACUCUACAACAUACUACGUCUCGCUUCGGUCUUUCACAGCAACACCUCGCCGCUCUACAGGCUGAACAAGCUACUCCGGCUGAUCUUUUCGAAAACAAUUUUUGGGACCCGACACGUUCCACGCCCGAAGCGCUCGAUUUCGCAUCUCAAGACUUCACCCGACCUUCGCUUAUGAAGUCUGACGCUGCAGGAGCAAUCACCCAGUUUACGCCCAAACCGGGCCGCCGUUCACACCAGAGAGAAUCUUCACUGUCAUCUCUUGGCUCUGUUGGACCGGCGUCGCCUUUUACACAAACCACAUACAACCCGCAAAUUGCUAUUAGCGAUUCGGCGACGGAUCCCUUCUGCGAAAUGUACAACAACGACACAAACGUCCACAACGCGGGAGCAUACCAUAUGCUUUCGAAGCCUUUGGAUACCCUCUCAGGAUAUCAGCAUCUCGAGGCUGCCACUCCAGAUAUGGCCUAUCCAGCUGCGCUUCCAGGCCAAAUGAACCGCCAUCGGACCGAGCGUUCGCUGCUACCAGCACCCGAGUUCAGCCAUCUGUUCAACCGCUCCCACCCAGCUUCUGUGGCCAGUUCCAUUGCCGGAGACUCGCCGUCUACGCCCAGCAUGGGCGACAUCGACCUUCUCGAUCGCAGGAGAGGUAUGCGAAACAUCAAGCCCACCACAUCUGACCAGCGCUCACGAUAUCGGUAUGCAGCAGCUUACGGGAAUGUGCCCAAGCUCGAUCGUACCUUGACGGACGUGUAUGGCGACGAGCUGUACAAUCCGAGCUUUGCCAUCACAUCAUCGUCGCCUGCACAUCCCGCCAAUGCAAGCACGACGAGCAACCACCUAUUUAGUCAGCGUCUCAGCGCCGCCAAUAGCCAACAUCUGAAUGCCGCGCACUCGCCAUCUUCCACAGCCUCUCGCGGUCUUUCACCGUUUCAAGCAACCUCGCCAUACGCUCCGCCCCAGCUGCAAGACUUUGACACCUCGUUUGCAACUCAUCAGAAAAUUGGCCACGGGAGCAAUGAACAGCACCCAGCCGUCAUUGGAGCACACGCAGAUACCGGCAUCGAGCCCGAGACACCGAAAACCAUUUCUCCCCGUGAUGCUAUGAUAGAGUUCACUGGGGUUGAUGGAGAAUCCAAUUUCUCUUUGUUCCCAGAAGGCUCCAAUGGGUUCGACUUCGACGCCUAUAGUAAAGCUAUGGCACAGGAUACAGGAUCCAACCACGUUCACCUUACUCCUGCGCAAGAGUCGCAAGGCAACCAAAGAAAUUACGAUGACAUGUCGUUCCAGAACAGGAUACCGCAGCAGUAUCCUUUUGUUUCACGUGCACACGAAAACAAGGAUAUUACCCCGCCCCCAAGACUUGGAUCAUCGGGAAGCAGCGUCUCCGAAACGCGGACUGACGCGAGCGGCAAUCGGCCAACUCGGGUCGGCGCUGAAAGUGGCACAUACACAUGCACAUAUCAUGGUUGCACUCUACGCUUCGAUACACCUGUCCAGCUACAGAAACACAAGCGCGAAGGGCAUCGCCAAUCGCAUAAUCUUGGUGGUCCUCCAGAUAACAGCCUCGCAACGUCCAUACUGAACAGUCAAGCUGGUCCGCACCGUUGCGACCGCAUUAACCCUAGCACUGGCAAGCCGUGCAACACCAUCUUUUCUCGUCCCUACGAUUUGACUCGGCACGAGGACACUAUCCACAAUGAGCGAAAGCACAAAGUCCAGUGCGAUCUUUGCACAGUUGAGAAAACGUUCAGUCGCGCUGAUGCACUCACCAGGCACUAUCGUGUGUGCCAUCCCGAGGCAGAACUACCAGGGAAGCAACGCAGGCGACUGGUCUGA